CUCCACCCCAGGGGAGGCAGCCGAGGCCGGAGGCGUGUCCUGGGCGGGGCCUUGCCCCCGCCCCUCCCGGUCGUGGAGUGGUGGCCAGCGCUGGGAGAGCCUGGCCCCGGCAUGCCACACACAACCCAGCUGUACCAGCAUGUGCCGGAGACGCGCUGGCCCAUCGUGUACUCGCCCCGCUAUAACAUAACCUUCAUGGGCCUGGAGAAGCUGCACCCAUUUGACGCAGGAAAAUGGGGCAAAGUGAUCAGCUUCCUAAAAGAAGAGAAGCUUGUGUCAGACAGCAUGCUGGUGGAGGCACGGGAGGCCUCAGACGAGGACCUGCUGGUGGUGCACACGAGACGCUAUCUCAACGAGCUGAAGAAAACAGUGGUUCCAGACCUGUGUUGGGCAAAUGGGACUGGUGUGACCAACAGGCAGAGCCGGCCACCUCCUCUCUGGUGGUCCUUUGCUGUCGCGACCAUCACUGAAAUCCCUCCUGUCAUCUUUCUCCCCAACUUCCUUGUGCAGAGGAAGGUGCUGAAGCCCCUUCGGACCCAGACGGGAGGAACCAUAAUGGCGGGGAAGCUGGCAGUGGAGCGAGGCUGGGCCAUCAACGUGGGCGGCGGCUUCCACCAUUGCUCCAGUGACCGGGGCGGGGGCUUCUGCGCCUACGCGGACAUCACGCUGGCCGUCAAGUUUCUGUUUGAGCGCGUGGAGGGCAUCUCCAGGGCCACCAUUGUUGAUCUCGAUGCCCAUCAGGGCAAUGGGCAUGAACGGGACUUCAUGGGUGACAAGCGUGUGUACAUAAUGGACGUCUACAACCGCCACAUCUAUCCCGGGGACCGCUUUGCCAAGCAGGCCAUCAGGCGGAAGGUGGAGCUGGAGUGGGGCACGGAGGAUGAUGAAUACCUGGGUAAAGUGGAGAGGAACCUCGAGAAAGCCCUCCAGGAGCACCCACCUGACGUGGUGGUGUACAACGCAGGCACUGACAUCCUCGAGGGGGACCGCCUUGGGGGGCUGUCCAUCAGCCCACAGGGCAUCGUGAAGCGGGAUGAACUGGUGUUCCGGGUGGUCCGCGGCCGCCGGGUGCCCAUCCUCAUGGUGACCUCGGGCGGGUACCAGAAGCGCACGGCCCGCAUCAUCGCUGACUCCAUCCUGAAUUUGUACGGCCUGGGGCUUAUCGGGCCCGAGUCACCCAGCAUUUCAGCACAGAACUCAGACACCCCUCUGCUACCCCCCGAGGUGCCCUGACUGCACUGCCCUCUGAAUGGCUCCCUGCCUGCCUCCUGCCCUGCCCACCCCUCAGUGCUUCUCCUUUUCUAACCACAUGGGGCAGUGGGGGCAGCCACCAGGUUCCCUGAGGGGCAGGGGCGGGGCCUGUCCCUGACUGGGCCUGCCUUAGGGGCCUGGUGGGCAGCUCCUCCAGUCUCCCCACUGGGUGUUGGAGGGUCUCUAGGCCUCUCGGUGGUAGGGGCAGAAAACAGGGCCUGAGUCCCAGGAAGUCCGCAUAGGGGGCCAGGGGUCUGAUCAGGCCAUGUGGAGGCAGGCAAUUCAACCAAGGAGGAGGAAGGGCAGGUGAGGCUCCGGGGGCUGCCGUGAGGGUCCCCAGAGGUCAGGGUGCUCUGGUUUUCAAAAAAGUCAGACCCAUGUCAGACCAAGGAAGCUUCCAUCUCUACCAUAGUUGGGCCUCUCCCUCUUAAGUCGAGUGAUUUGCUCCCCCUCUACUUGUCUCAGGCAGGGCACGAGGAGUGGGGAAUACCGAGUGGGUGGGCCUGAGAGCUGGGUACUGACCCAGGCCUCUGGGGGGCGGUGGUCCCUGGAUUCCCAGCCAGCAGGCAGGGGCCCUGGUCCUGGAUGUGAGGGGCAGCAGGGAAAGGGAUGCAGGUGGAUUUUUUUGUCUGGUGUUCACCUUCAAUAAAGCAGGGACUGGACCCACCUUCCCAGAGCCCCUCAGUGAUGUUAAGUGAAGGGGAGGCCUGAGAAGCCCCAGAUCCCUGCUUGCACAAUGAUCUCACUUGUUCAAUGAGGGGGCGGGUUUAGAAAGAACACGGCUCAGGGCCUCAGCCCUGGAGACUUAAUGGGAACUUAAUGGAGACUUAAUGGAGACCCCCGUGGGGAGGGGCAGGGGAAGAUGAGGCCCAGACAGAAAUCAGAGAUGGGGCAGGUGGUCAAGCCAGGUCCCGCCGGAAUUAAGGCCCCGGGUAGGGCCUGAGGUGCUGGUGAGGCCAGGCUGGGAUUUAUGGAGGGAAAGCAAAGGACCUCCAUCCUGGCCUAUAAGGUUAUAUGUGGGGGUUGUGUGUGGGGGGGCGUGGGGUGCUGCAGCCUCCACUGGCCUCACCCAGAAUGCACAGGGCUCUGAUGGCGCUUUGUGUCCAGGAUCCCAAGUGAGCCUCGACCUUGUCUUCAUUCUACUCAGGAGACACUUAGGCCCCCCAGGAAGCUGGAUGGGGGAGCAGCCACUCUUUCAUCGCCUGGGUGUGUCUUUAGUGGACAGAGGUGGGGUUGGGGAGGGUGGGUCGGCUGAGGUGUCCAAGUUCCAGAUCAAUCCCACUUAUGGGAUCGUGUUCAUUACCACCUGGGGGAGCUCCUGCAUUCUCCCACUUCCUGCCUCACUUGCUCGAAGCUCUCUCUGUUAGAGUAGGGGUGGGAGUAGGGAUAAGGACUCCAGGAUCACAAACUGACAAAAAUUCUGGCCUUCUGGACCAGACCUGAGGCGCUAACCACACACUUGGAUGCCCCCUUCCCUGCCUCCUGCCCUUGCUGUGGGUCUCUGUGUCUGACAUGAGGUCCCUAACAUCCCUUCAUCUCUACUGUGGGCCUGCAACAUCCGGGGAAAGGCAGGGGAUGUGGCGUCACUGCUGAGCUGCUGUCUGCAGAGAAACAUAAAGGCUCUACUUGAUUGAUUGGAUGGAACCACUGUGUGUUCUUGAGAUGAAGAAUCCUCCCUCCUAUGGAGGAAAGGAAUUAAAGAUUUCUGUAGCAUGA